AAAACGGAAUUCCGGCACAGGGUGGCCCUGGGGGGCGGCCCCCCGUGUCCCCGCCGAGCCGGCCGCGGGGAGCCGGGGGAUCACCCGCCCGCGGUGGCCGGACACGCAGGGACCUGGGGACGACCCCUUCGAGCAAACCCGCCCCGGGACAUCGGCCCCGGCAGUCUUUUAAGAGCCCUUGAUUGAGGAAAAGGAUCAGAGCGGUGUUCAUAAGAAUGGAGGCACUGUUUCCUUGCCAGAUUGCUUAUUGCUGUAUCUCAUGAGCCUACGUAAUCUUGGGGAAGAGCCUGUGAUUAAUGAUGACAAACCUGUCACCAGUAUAGCAACAACUGUCUGACGGCAAAAACAAAUACCAAUAAAGAAGCAUUUAAACUUAUAUUCAUCAAAGAAGUCAUUUCAGCCAACAACUUCAGCUGCAUUUUUUUUCCAAGAUGAACCGAUACACAACCAUGAGACAGUUGGGGGACGGCACCUAUGGGAGUGUGCUGAUGGGCAAGAGUAACGAAUCUGGGGAGCUGGUGGCCAUCAAAAGGUGGCAAAAUCAUGUGUUUGUUUUAUUCUUCAGUUUCAUGAAAUGGGGGAUGGGGCCUCACCUGCGGAGACCUAGGAUGAAGAGAAAGUUCUAUUCCUGGGAUGAAUGUAUGAACUUGAGAGAAGUUAAGUCUCUGAAGAAACUUAAUCAUGCCAAUGUGAUUAAACUGAAAGAAGUUAUCAGAGAAAAUGACCAUCUUUAUUUUAUAUUUGAAUAUAUGAAAGAAAACCUCUAUCAAUUAAUGAAAGACAGAAACAAGUUGUUCCCUGAGUCAGUCAUCAGAAAUAUUAUGUAUCAAAUAUUGCAAGGGCUGGCAUUUAUCCAUAAACAUGGUUUUUUUCAUAGGGAUAUGAAACCAGAAAACUUGCUUUGCAUGGGUCCAGAACUUGUGAAAAUUGCUGAUUUUGGACUUGCGAGAGAAUUAAGGUCACAGCCACCAUACACCGAUUAUGUAUCUACCAGAUGGUACCGUGCUCCUGAAGUUUUAUUAAGAUCUUCAGUUUAUAGCUCUCCCAUUGAUGUGUGGGCUGUUGGGAGUAUAAUGGCUGAACUGUAUACAUUAAGACCACUUUUCCCAGGGACAAGUGAGGUUGAUGAAAUCUUUAAGAUUUGCCAAGUUUUAGGGACUCCCAAAAAAAGUGACUGGCCAGAAGGCUACCAGCUUGCAUCCUCGAUGAACUUCCGCUUUCCCCAGUGUGUUCCUAUAAACUUAAAAACUCUUAUUCCCAAUGCCAGUAGUGAAGCUAUUCAGCUUAUGACUGAAAUGUUGAAUUGGGACCCAAAGAAACGCCCAACAGCAAGCCAGGCAUUGAAACACCCAUAUUUUCAAGUUGGUCAGGUAUUAGGCCCUUCCUCGCAUCAUCUGGAAUCGAAACAGGCUUUAAAUAAGCAGGUGCAACCACUAGAGUCGAAGCCAUCCUUAGCUGAUCUGGAACCUAAGCCUCUGCCAGACAUAAGUGACCAGACUGUCGGACAAUCCCAGCCGAAAAACAGCCACCAGCCGCUGCAGCCCAUCCAGCCGCCACAGAACGUGAGCGUCCCGCAGGCGCCAAAGCCACAGAGUCAGCAGAAACAGCCACAAACACUGUUUCCAAGUAUCAUCAAAAACCCGCCAGCCAAGGCAAAUGGCGCACUGGGUCAUAAAAGUGGUCGGAGGCGCUGGGGUCAGACCGUGUUCAAGUCUGGAGAAGGUUGGGAAGAGUUUGAGGACUGUGACUUUGGAGCCUCCCAUUCCAAGAAGCCAAGCAUGGGUGUUUUCAAAGAAAAGAGGAAAAAAGAUUCUCCAUUUCGUCUUCCAGAGUCACUCCCCUCAGGCUCCACCCACUCACCAGAGGAAAACAAGAGCGUACCUGCUGCUAUCUCCCUAAAAUCUGAUUCUGAAUUGUCAACUGCUUCAACAGCUAAACAGUACUACCUGAAACAAUCAAGGUACCUUCCAGGUGUCAAUCCCAAGCAUGUGUCCCUGGUAGCCAGUGGAAAGGAUAUAAGUCCAUAUACGUGGAGUAAUCAGUUAUUUCCUAAGUCACUGGGACCCAUUGGGGCAGAACUUGCCUUCAAAAGGAGUAAUGCAGGGAAUCUUGGAAGUUAUGCUACUUACAAUCAGUCAGGAUAUAUUCCUUCCUUUCUCAAAAAAGAAGUGGGGUCAGCCGGCCAGAGGAUACACUUAGCACCUCUUGGUGCAACAGCUUCAGAUUUUCCUACAGGUGGAGCUAGGAGAAAAGAAUACACAUGGAACACAAAAGCUGGUCGGGGGCAGUUUUCAGGACCUACUUACAAUCCUACAGCCAAGAAUCUAAAUAUUAUGAACCGCGCACAGCCCAUUCACUCAGUGCAUGGGAGGACAGACUGGGUAGCCAAGUACGGAGGCCACCGGUAGGAGUCCGGUGUGAAGCCCCACAGCAUUGCUCCACAGAGCCCCUGCAAGUCCCCUGACCCUGGGAAAUGUCUACAGAUGUCUAUUUCUACUGAGUUCUGGAAGAAAUAUGUGAUAGUGGGUACUCUGAAGAGCAAAAAUCAUCUCCUAUUUUAUUUCUCUCCUAGAAAUGAAAUGCAUUCUCUUAGCAUCGUUGCCCACAGUGCUGAUAUAUGGGUAGGACUUUAUAAAGUAUUGAAUAAACUAUUUGCCAAAGUAUCAAGUAUUUGAUCUACAAAUUAAUAAAUACUUAGUAUGAUAAGCUUUUGAAGAAAUGCCCCCAGAAAGUAAGUGUUUAGAGUGCUUUAGUUUUCAUUUGUUGUAUAUUUGCCUAAACUAUUUAAUAUUUCAUUGAUUGGCCUCAGGGUUGUUUUGGUUUUUUAUUGCAAUUAGGUAGACCUCUGUGGGCUGUCAGUUACGGUUCUUAUUUGGCUAAGGCUCUACUCUACCACUUUGGCAAUGGCAGAAGGAUGGUAAUUUAUCAUUUUUCUACUUUGUAAUUAUGAAAACAGUGGUAAUUCCAAUCUUGAGCAGGAUAUCUUUCUUGGAAAUAAAUUUGUCUGUAACGUAGAGAUUUCAAAAUUAUGCCAUCUGAUUUUAGUGGAGAAAGAGUCUGUUGUUUGAUUUUGACCAAUACAACUGCUAAGAAUUCAUGGUGACUAUCAAACCCAAUGGCUUGAUGACUCUCAGGGUUCUCUCAUCUUCACACCAUUAAGGAAGUUCUUGAAACUGUGAUGUGUGUUCACCAGGCUUUCAAGAUACGCUGUUCCUUAUUCCUACCAGACAUAAAGAUGAGGUAUGCCAGCUGGUUCCCCAAAGCAAACUGUUGCUGCUGCAGGCCACUGACUCAGCUCUGACCUUCACAUUUACUCAGAAGAGUAAAUGUACUUAGUUGCUAUAGCAAUGACUUCACUUACUACUUUUUUUUUCUUAUUUUUAUUUCUAAAUUGGUAUUUAAAAUAGACAUUUUGAACUUAGGACUAUUCUAUUUAAACCUGCCAUUUUAUAGACCAGACAUUAGUACUGUAUAUUCUUAUUAAAGAAUAAUAAUGUUAUCAACUGCAGAUAUUUUUAUGUGUUUUAUGACUUUGUAACAAAUGCUAAUGUAAUUGGUAUCAUCUUGUGGACAUUAUCCAAAGGCACAUUAUAAAAUAAUAAUAAUAUGGUAUUUUUGUACAGAAAUUCAGCUCACCGUGUUGAAAAAUGUUAAAAUGUAAAGAGUAAUUUAUGUUGGUAAUGGUGAUAUGUAUUUGUACAGUUUUAAUUAAUGUCUCAAAGCUAAAAAAUUCUUUUGUGUUGCCAGCAAACUUUUCAACUCUGAAUAGACAUUAAAAUUUAUCUGGUUAA